CGGAAGAGGGCCGUGCAUGCGGCGGGCGGCGCGGGCAGCGCUGGCGCUGGCCGGGGACGGAGCGGCGCGGCCGGGCCUGGGCCUGGGCUGCGGCCGCAGCGCUCGGCUGCUCCUGCCGCCCGGCGGCGCGGCACAGCCCGACCCGCAAGGCUGGAGGGAGGCGGUGACGGCCGCCGUCGGUGCGCUGCGGGCGGGCGGGCUGGUGGCGGUGCCGACGGACACGGUGUACGGCGUGGCGUGCCUGGCCCAGGACUCCGGCGCCGUGCGGAGCAUCUACAGCCUGAAGGGGCGGAACGGGAGGAAGCCGCUGGCCAUCUGCCUCGGGGACGUGGAGCGCCUCUACAGGUACUGCCAUGUCAAUGUGCCGGAUGAGCUGCUGCGGGACCUGCUUCCUGGACCUGUGACCCUGGUCUUACAGCGUUCGGAAGAGCUAAAUAAAGACUUGAAUCCUUUCACAUCGCUGGUUGGCGUUCGUAUUCCAAACCACCCUUUCAUCAGGGAGUUGGCACGAGCUUGCUCUGGACCACUGGCUUUAACAAGUGCUAACAUCAGCUCUCAGGCCAGCACGCUGACGGUUUCGGAGUUCCAAGACCUGUGGCCUCAGUUGUCCUUAAUCAUCGAUGGAGGCCCAAUUGGGGACAUUCAGAGCCCGGAGUGUCGCUUGGGGUCAACUGUGGUUGAUUUAUCUGUGUCGGGGAAGUUCACUAUCAUUCGGCCUGGCUGUGCUCUCACAUCUACAGUUGAAAUCCUGACGCAGAAGUACGGCUUGAUACCAGAAUCAUCUUAAGACUUCAGACUCUGAGGAGCUGGUGAGGCUGGGCACUGUGUGCCUGUGCAUUCAGGAAAUGGGCAUUCAUGGCCUUGUUUAAUAAGGUCGAUGGGUUCUGUCAGGGUUAAUAAACUAAAGAUAGAAAAACGGAGCAGUAGUUGGUGGGUAUGUGUUGAUUAGUAUCGUAGAAUCCCCGAGUGGUUUGGGUUGGAAGGGAUCUUAAAGCUCAUCCAGUCCCAACCCCCUGCCCCGGGCAGGGACACCUUCCACUAGAGCAGGUUGCUCCAAGCCCGUGUGUCCAACCUGGCCUUGAACACUGCCAGGGAUGGGGCAGCCACAGCUUCUCUGGGCACCCUGUGCCAGCGCCUCAGCACCCUCACAGGGAAGAGCUUCUGCCUAAGAGCUCAUCUCAAUCUCCCUUCUGGCAGGUUAAAGCCAUUCCCCUUGGCCUGUCCCUACAGGCCAUUGUCAAAAGUCCCUCUCUUAUAUGUCUUGUAGGCCCCCGUUAGAUACUGGAAGACUGUUACAAGGUCUCCCUGGAGCCUUCUCUUCUCCAGGCUGAACAAGCCCAGCCCUCAGCCUGUCUCCAUAGCAGAGGUGCUCCAGCCCUUGGAUCAUCUUUAUACAUCUGCUGUAGUCUGAGAAACCAACUCAAAUAUGUGCUGACCUUGUGCUGCUGUAUCAUUCCCAAAUACCCGUCUGUUUUGUUAACAUGGUUAGACCUUUGAAAUACAACUAUUUGCACAUUAGACUGUUCUCAGGAUGGGGGGUGUAUGUCACCCACCCUCUCCUUAACCACUUAUUCCAUGUCUUUGUUUAUUGUAUCUGCACUGAAAGAAAAGCAAGGAUAGAGAAGUUUUUGAGCUUUCACCAUGUUAUAGCCCUGGUGUCCCCUGGCUGUUUUUCUCUGUUCUAAAUGUAAUGAAAACCUGCUACUGAGGUGAAGCUGUAAAUCUUUUUGAAAACUAACGGUAUUCCAAUGGUCCCUGUCUAGACAAGAGCUCAGAAGGACCUGGCUUCCUCCUAAUACAAAGAAUGAAACAA